AGGAAACUCCAAUAAAUAUCCGGGAUAAUAAAAAUGUUUUAAUGUAUUUUUAUUUAUAGAAUUGAUUCUGGCGGGUGCACUUCCCAAAUGAGAAGCAAAAAAUAUGUCCUAAAAAUACGGAGAAGAGAUAUACAUUUUUAAAUGUUAAACUUGUCGCGUUUCCAUAAGUUGUAUUUUUCAAACUUCAGUUUAGCGAUGCUGGCUAGCUUCGUAGCUAUGCUAAGCUAUCUAGCUAUAGUUGGCAGACUGCUAGCGUUAACGUUACCCACUCGAAAAUAUAGAAUUUAAUAUUUAGAGUGCUAUUGUAUUUUUUUGACCUGGUGGUAUUCUGCAUAUCGAAGAUGAAGCUAGGUGGCUAACUAUUUGAAUAACUAAGUUAGCUCGCUAAAGUUAGCUGAGGCAGAGGCUAGCAAAUAGCUAACGUUAGCUAGCUAAUCAUUCAUACCUAAGUGUCUACAUUGUGAGAACAACCCACUUGUUUCUCAAAAACGACUUUAGCCAUCUCCUGAAAUUGAUAAUAUGACUUGUUUCAGUUAUGGCCUGAUCAAUGUUCUCUCCGUGCUAGAACCAGCUAACGUUAGCUACAGUAAUGUCUAUUCUACCUUGGCGUUGGCCAACAAGGAGCCAGGCAUAAGUUUCAGGCGCGCUUUUAGUUUGACUUCCACUUCCAUCCACUACCCAGACUGAUGAUCAGUUCGCUGUAUUGUAGCCCUCCGUUGGGAGUACGAGCCCAGGAGGUUCAGCAGACGACUAUGAGUUUGAUCCUUCAGCAGAUAUGCUCGUUCACGACUUUGAUGACGAACGCACACUGGAAGAGGAGGAGAUGCUCGAGGGAGAGACCAACUUCAGCAAUGAGAUUGAUGACCUUGCACGGGAGGGAGAGAUGCCCAUUCAUGAGUUGUUGAGUAUGUACGGAUACGGCGGUGGUUCACCUGCAGAUGGAGAGGAAGAAGAUGAGGAAGACCUAGAGGAUGACGAGUUAGAGGAUGAUGAAGAAGAAGAGGAGGAUGAGGAGGAAGAGGAGCUGGACAAUGAUGAAAGCAGCAGAAGCACUGGUGAGCUGAAGAGGAGUAAGACCGAGAGGGUGAAGAUCUCUUCGGGACUGGGGAACGAGAACCAGUUGUCCAACGAGGGUCACACGCGCUCCAUCAAAUCCCACUGCACGGCAGAGCUGAUACGUGGAUCACAGAAGCUCAAGGACUUUGAAAAUAAUGAUGCAGAGGAAGAAUCAGAAGAUGAAGAUUAUGUCCCUUCUGAUGAUUGGAAAAAGGAAAUCAUGGUUGGUUCCAUGUAUCAGGCUGAAACGCCCUCUGGCCUUUGUAAAUAUAAAGACAAUGAGAAAGUAUAUGAAAAUGAUGACCAGCUUUUAUGGGACCCUGAGUUCCUUCCCGAGGGCAAGGUUCUGGAGUUUUUGACGGAGGCGUCAAAACGAACAGGAGAGGAGAAGGGAGUGGAUGCCAUCCCUGAGGGAUCCCAUAUCAAAGACAAUGAGCAGGCGCUUUAUGAGUUGGUCAGGUGUGAAUUUGACACCGAGGAAGCUUUAAGAAGACUAAAGUUUAAUGUGAAGGCAGCUAGAGAAGAGCUGUCUGUGUGGACAGAAGAAGAGUGUCGAUAUUUUGAGCAAGGACUAAAAGCUUAUGGGAAAGACUUUAAUUCCAUACAUUCCAACAAGGUGAGAACUAGGUCAGUAGGAGAAUGUGUGGCCUUUUAUUACAUGUGGAAGAAGUCUGAGCGUUAUGAUUUCUUUGCACAGCAAACCAGGCUGGGGAAAAGGAAAUACAACCUUCACCCCGGUGUCACGGACUACAUGGACCGGCUGCUAGACGAGACGGAGAGUGUCACUUCCAGUCGGGCGGCCUCGCCCCCUCCCACCACCUCAAACAGUAGCACCAGCCACUCCGAGAGGGAGGACGGCAGCAGCAGCCAAAACGGUGUAGUGAGUCAAAACUCUGGCUCUGGAGAAGGUUCUCAAUCGUCCACGGUGGCGAAUGAAGUCAAAGCAGAACCCGCCCAGUCCAACAGGCCCACUGACAACCACCCCUGUCUGGACACUUUCCCUGCUCCCACUGCCUCGGACAAUGACUCCAACGACUGCGAGGCGGCGGCCGUUGUGCCCAGCCACAACAGGAACGGCUCCCUGGAGCUACACCGUGCCGACGGUCACUACGAUGAAGACGCGCUCCUCUAUGACAGGCCGGCCAAGAGGUGCCGGACGGAGGCGGAGUCACUGGAACAGGGGGAGCCGGAACCCUCCAGAACAUCGACGACACUCCAGCAGGAGGACUGAUGAUAAAUGACGAUCCCUUCUCAGAGGUCAAAGGGCACAGAACCAAACCUUUAAAAACCAUGGUCGUAUUAAUUAGUGCACACGGAAGCAAAACAUUUAGCAACGAAAAACAAAAACUAGCGUUUCUUAUUGGACAAGUUCAGGUAGUCAAUCCCUGUUUCCUUCCAUCUGUUUUCGUCCGUUUAGUGGCUAAUGAAUACGACCCGUACUAACCAACCAAACCCAGCUGGGCCACACCAGCAAACAGAGGGAGGGCAGCGGCCUGAUUGUAAAGGGGCACAACAUACAGCCCUGCCUCGUCCCCCAUCCAGCAAAACCUCCAACGCUCCACACAUCCAAAGUACCACAGUUCCUGAACUCCUACCUUCUAUUACUUCCACCACAUAAUACUUCAUACUGAUUCUUCUACUCAUUCUCCUUAUUCCCUUUUUUGGAGAGACCGAUCUCAAAUUUGUACGCUCAAUGCUUUUUUCCUAUUUGUAUUAGAAUAAAAAUCAGCUGUGAUAUUUUUUUACGUGAAAUAUAUUUAUAUUUUUUAAACAGAAAUGUAUUAUGAUUGAUGGGUAUUUGCUGUCCUAGCCAUUUGAAACCAGGAAAUCAAAGGGGUUCUAGGUCUUCAACAGGGCAAUAGAUAAGCAGGCAGAUUGGCGCUGUUGCAGGCACACUGUUGCACUUUCAUCCUUUAUUUUCUUUUUGUUGAUAUUGAGUGGUUAACGCAACACUGCUGAACGACAUCAUUGCUUAUUUGAAACUUGAUCCCCCAUAUGCCGUAACCAUGGAUAUUUUUUAAUUGCAAGAAAUGAACCAAUGGGAGUGUCUGUCCCGAGGUUUGUUUGUGUAAAGCGUCUGACAUCAGUGAUGUCCUGUGGAACGCAUCAUUUUUAUUUUCUUAGGCUUUCAUGUUUUGUUUUUGGAUUUUUAGACAGUAAGUACACGUAAAGUUUGUAUAGAUUUGAUGUUGUACAAUUAUACUUUUGAUAACUGUCUAAUCUGUCUGUUUUAUGGUCUCUCCUUGUUGCUCCGAGCAGAGCUGUUCUAAAGUAGUCAUUAUUUCCCAGGCCCAUUUUUUUCACAGCAAGAAGAUGUUUGACAAUGACUCCAUGUUAAUGAGAGAUGUGCAGUGAUGCUUUUUGAAACCGGAGACUGGUACCAGUAAUGUUUCUUCUCACCUGCCAUUACCUGCAAAGUUUCAUGAUGGCCUCUGUAAGCAAGCUCUUGUUACGAAUUGUAAUUGAAGAACUUGACUGUAAUCUUCAAAUGUGAAGGACCUCCAUUUAGUUCCAGUGGAGGCUUCUUAAUAAGACAUUGUUUUGAGAACUUUAUUUUGUUACAGUAAGUAGCCUUUGGUCUACAUUCACAAAUGGUAAAACAAAAUUGUUGAUUAAAGUGUUUUCCUGACAACAUGAAUUAAAGUGAAGUGUAUACCAAGACUGGCUGUGACAACGGUGGCUAUAUUUAAUAAAUGUAUUCAGACUGG